AUGAAUGGCAGCUGGCUUAGCUUUGCGAAGAGCAGAGCGAAGAAUGCGGAUUCUCCCCAGACAUCUGAACUGUCCCCGGAAGAUGUCGAGUUAGUCCACACGCUUGAGGACAGUGAUUCCGAGGGCUCUGAUCGUGUAUGGUGGGCGCAGCAGAUGUUUAGCCUGGGGCACGAUGUGCUGUCGAGCUACCCGUGGGCAGGAAUUCCAGUGAGGCUCCUCAGCGCCUGCACGGGAAGUUUUGCCGAAGCCGCGGCGUUCAAGGAGCUGGACAUACCGUUCUUGAGCAUGGGCUGCAGCGAACCGAACAAGCAUUUUCGAGACUUUGUUUUGGCGAAUUAUUCCACGUUGCAUUUUCAUGCUACCAUGGAAGAUCAGCUCGCUGGUGCACCGUGCUUGUUGCAUGGAAGGGAAGAAGCAUGUGCUGUGGACGCAUGCGAUUACCUGGUCCUCGGUACUCCCUGCAAUCCGUUCAGUACCCAGCGGCUCAAACGUUUCUGUGACGGGAGCAUCAAGGGACAUGCGCUGUCCCAGUGCACUUUUGCAAGUGCCAUCUCCAUGUUGAAGCGUUUCGAGCCUCCAACCGCGACUAUGGAGCAGACGGAAGGCUUUAUGAUGAGGGAAUCAUCUGCUAGCCAUGUCACUCCUCUACAGAGGCAGCCCGUGCAGGGGUUUUUGGCGGAAGUGGAGAAGAUCCACUUUCCGCGUGGCGGCUACAUUGUGACGGUGCACAAGCUGAAGAUGGAGACACCAGCUGCGCAGACGUGCUUGGCUGAAGUGCAGCUCGAGCAGCAGGUAGGACAGAGCAUGCUAUCCGGCUGGGUCAGAUAUGCGCAGCGGGCCGCCCACAGAGCAACAGGUCAGCAGGACCAAGCUGCAGUAGAGGUCUGUGGGGUGGGUGAUGUGGAUGCGCCCCAGCCGCCGUGUCCAAAGAAAGCAGGACGGCCACGUGGCACCUUUGGUGGUUCCUCGGACCGGGCAGCUAUGCAAGCAGGCCUGGCAAGGCUAGCUGCUCCAAAGGCUCGACAACUGAUACCGUUGGGGCGUGGCAUAGACGACAGCAGGAAUUCUCUGACUGGCACGCAACAUGUCUUUGAGCUGGUGAAUAUCGGGACCAAUCUACAAAAACAGGUCUUUCUUUUUGCGCAGGACCAAGCACGCCUCGUUCCAUUGGAUGAUGGCAACCCUGCCACGGAUCAUUUGUGCAACGGACGCAAGCCAGUGACUUCACUUGCUGCUCUGGCGCAGCAGGCGGAGUUCAGCCGAUGGCUUGUGAAGAAGCAUCAAGUGCGAGUUGCGUCGGCAGCUCUCACUUCUGGCGGGUACUUAGCUGGCAGCCUUCUCGCAAAGCUGAAGCACAUGAUUACCGAAGAUGGAUAUGUACCUCUUGUGAUGGGGACCUCCCGGAAAUAUGAUGAGACUCCACUGAAGCUGCGAGUGCAGGAGGCUACUGCAGGCGAUUCUUCGUGGCAGAAGGGUGUGGCCGCGAAGGUCAUGCAGACUCGCCUGCAUGUAUUUGCUCUCCUGAGACAUCCUGAGACAAAGGAGAGUGUUCAGUUCGUCAGUGAGGUCCCUACUGCAUUGCGAGUGAUGGAUUCCGCUACUGCCAACAAUGUCAUGGCUACACAGCAGCAAGCUUUAGACAAAGUUGCUGGCCUGGGGUCCUUCAGCAAGCUGUUUCGCUUGAGGGUGAGUUUGGUUUGCACGGAUCGUGCUGCCCAGAACAUAGCCGCUGAGCGGCUGCUAGCAGCGGAGCUCAACAGGAUUUACGAGUGUUCCUGGGCACCGCUGCACACCUUUUGCGAUAUUCAUCGGAUUGCUCAGGUGGAGAAAGCUACAUCGGAUCUGCUGAAGAAUGUGCUGUCGGGAAUGGUUUCUGUUGGAAAGGCUACACAGACAGCUGGAGCUACACGGCUCCUACGAACCCAUCUGCGAGAGAUUCUGCAAGAGCGUCUGGAGGUCAGAGUCGGUGCGGCCCAGUAUGAGCCUGACAGGGCGCCUUUGUAUGACUUCCUGUUGAGCGAUGUGGCCACGACAUUUGUCCCGGAGCAGCGCAAGCAAUCCGUUUGCACUUUGCGUAAGAGGCAGCGUAUAAUCUUCCUGCAUUACCUCAACGGCGAUCUCUCAUCAGAAUCAAUCAUUCAUUACACUCUGGAGGGCAAGACACGGGAUCAAAUUCUUGGAGAAAUGGAACAGUGGCUGAUACCCGCCCUGUGUCCGGGACCAUGUCCCUUCCUCAACCGCGGAAGGUUUUUGGGGAUGGAGCAGACGGCGCAGUGGGUGGGCAUACUGUCGGUCCACCAUAAUAUCCUGGCCGCAUUGUUGCAAAAGUUGCAUGGCCGGCCAGUCUCUUUGCCGGAAGACAGAACAGUGGCCGCUGGCCCUGCUUCUGGUACAGGUGGCUGGGCUGCCUUUGCUGCUGCACGGGCUGCUCGUGCUAGGCAGCGGCGAGCGCCAGAACAAGCAUCAGAGCUUGAAAGCGUUAUGGGUGCUUUCAGCUUUCGUGCCAUGCAAGAGGUAGAGGCCCUGCCCGCAGACAUGGAGGAAGAGGCUCCUGGCAAUACUGGCGACUUGGACUGGGGUGCACUGAACCGUGCGAGCAAAAAGAAAGCGGCCAUGUUUGGUGCAACGCGGCCUGGCUCUUUGCUUGCGCUCAUGCUUUACAGCAUGCAGCCUGUUCUGCAGCUUCUCUCAAGUUUCAUUGCCUUAAGCUCCGCUGCCUUUGGCACAGCACAGGACACUAAAGCUUUGCAAGGUUCUGGCAGAGCAUUCCGGGUUACAGAAGUUGCGUGUGGUCGGCAGGUCGACACCUUCCAGGCAUCUCUUUCGGAGAAGAUGCAAAGUGCUUGUUUCCUGGUACCUCUACAGAUGUGCAACGUGGCUACACGCGGGUUGCUCUUUCGGCUGAUGUCCCGGCAAAACUGUGCGGUACACCAAUUGCUUGUUCGCAAGCAUCGCAACCCCCCCUACAGCCUCUUCAAAGCCUUGCUGGGCCAGAGCAGCCAGGUCGAAAAUACGGACCCUUGCCUCCUGGACGGCUUCACACGCACUUUCUUGGAAGUGUUCCCAGAUUUGGAUUCUCUCGAUGCCCAACAAUCACUUGCGGCGCUGGCGGAGCAGAUGUCUGUAGACAUCCUGGAGAUUGAGGCUCGACAUGCCACUCCCAGACGCAUAGUCACUGUGCGUGGCACACAGACCUGGGCCUUGAGCGUUCUCCUGCUCGGGGCAGAGUGGGUUCUCCGGCAGUCUGUGAUCAUGCGGGAGCCAGUUGUCGGGACCAAGAAGCAGGAGAGAAAACGGCCGCGGCAUGUCAGAACACAAAAACCCAAAGUCACCAAAGCUGGUGGAGCUUGGAGGGCAUUCGUGCAUCUCCAUGGGAGCGGGCGGCGGCUGGAUGGCGCCAUGUUUCGAAGCCUUUCUGUGCGAUACAGGCUGCUGAAGGCAGCGCAGUCCGAGGAGUACCAGGUGCUGAAGAAUCUAGGCCUGCUGGCAACGUUGUCCGCCCGUGCGGGCGGAGCUCGCUUCUUGAAGCAGUCGUCUGGGCGGGUUUCUACUGCUGUUGUUUCUAUGAGCGACGGCGUGGAAGACAAGCUGAAGCAACUGCGACUUCAGAGGCGUGAACAGCUCCGUGCUGCCGAUGAGGCUGCUGCUUUGGCACGGAGAACUACCGAAGAAGCCGCGCAAGUGGAGCUCCUGCGGCUUCAAGAGCAAACGCUGCCAGCAGACACAUCGUCAAUGGAUUCAAUGGUGACUGGCAGUUUUCGCUGUUGCCCAGGCAACGAGACCCAGCCGGCUGUUGCUCGGUUCUGUCCGCCCGUGGAUCGCGUGGCCGAGGCAUGA